AUGGGAGAGUUGCUCCGGCCUGCGAAGAACCUGGAGAUCUUUGUCCGGCUUCGCAUCCUCGAUGACGCAGAGGUCGUUUCCAUGGAUGGGCACCAGUGCUUCGACUCCCCAACACGGGAGGGUUCAGCAAGCCCCAGCUGGAGCGGACUUGACCACGGAGGCCAGCACGACGGCUGGGUCUUCCGUAGCCAGAUCUUCCUACCCGAAAGGAUGCCGAACUUGUGGCUGGAGCUGGAAGUCAUAAACAUCGGAAUUGCCGGCGAAGAGCUUGUGGGCAGGGUCAAAGUUCCCAUCACGAAGAAGAACUUUCUCACCAAUGCCAAGGCCGUCGGCAUUUCCCCCAUUUCUCCCCUGCCUCUCCAACACCAAGCAAUGCUCGGUGAAGCGGGGAGGCCCUUGGCCUUGCCUUUGCCAGAUGCAGAUGGGAAGUGGCGGGCUCUGCUCGUGUGCAGAGUGCGGCUCAAACUGCACAGCGCUUGCCAUGGAAUGGACGGUGCUGCUCAGCUGCCUCGUCAAUCGCCAACACUUGUCUCAACGGGAAAUCACACGAGCGAAUCACUUACGCAGACAAUGUCAAGGGUGGACACGGUGGUGGAAGGGGCCGGGACAGUCCUUGCGAUGUUCUUUCUAUCCUCUCCCAUGCCGCAAGUCUGGCAAGCACAAAAAACUCCGGCCAAGGUCGACCUGAUCAAUCCGAUCACCAUUCUCUCAAUGUAUGGAAACUGUGCUGCGCAGGUUGUCUAUGGAAUCUACCGACCUUUGCCUGCAGCGGUCCCCUGCAACCUCUAUGGUUUGGCUGUUUCCCUGUACUACUUGGGUUCUUGCUGGUGGUGCGCCGCGAAGUUCAGUGGGGCGCUUCAGUGGAACUCGGCAGCAGCGGGUGGAACAGUCGCCUCGGUCACGGUGUCCCUGCUGAUGCAUCAGAGCAUGCCCCUGUGGGUGCCCAAUGCCGUGGGCAUUCUUCUGUCUUUGAUCCAGCUUUCGCUCAUCAUGGCGUAUCCUCGGGUUAAGCCUACCAAGGAGGUGCUCUUCGAAGACGAGAUCCGGCUACAAUUGGGGCAUGUUUUCAUAGUGGUCUCGGCAAAGCUAACCAGGAGGAUUCUUCUCCAGAUGCUGGUCAUGGGGGGAGUCAUGGUACUGAUUGUGGCAGGGAUGAGUUUGAUAAACAUAGACUAUUCGAACGUCCUGGGCAUCGACUUGGCAUUGAGGAGAUGA